CGGUGAUCUACCGCUGCUAGAUAUGGAAGCAUGUCAUAGAUUCUGAAAGCAUUAAAACAUAUGUACUUUUCCGAUCAAAAAUCGCCCUUGAAUAACAAAGUACAUCCUAGAAAACAAACGGUUGACUAAUUUCUAUUCACGAUACAUUGUAGAUUUUGGCUCUUGCCAGUAGCGUUUUUUCAAGCUCAUCGGUACUCUGCUGCUUUCCAGAUGAAAUGAGUCUCCAAGAUAAUUGCGGUGUUCAGGAAGUAAGAACCUCACAUCGUGGAGAUUGUUUCUUACUCCUCCCAUCUGGAGAACGCGUUUUGGUUAAGUAUAUGAAUGGACUUCAAAUAUUAGGAUUUAGUUUUGCUUUUUUCGGCCUUGCGAGUGCAUUCUUAGGACUAUUAGAUAGUGUUCUCAUUCCAUCUUUAUCUCCAAAUGGUUCAAAUAAUUAUCCUGUGGAAUUUAGCUUAGCUAGUGGUUAUGGACUUCCUAUUUAUACUGGCGUGCUGGUAAGUAUUCUAUCUCAAGAAAUAAUUUGUAGGUCUUGUCCACUGGAGCGAUGGCCUUACGCACCAUUAUUAGCUUGCGUUACACUUCAGUGAGUAUUUCUAGUUUCCAAGUUAAAACUUGUCAAUAUAUUGUCACAUGUUACAAUCAGGCUGAUUUCGUUAGAUCUUUUAUAAUUUACAUUCGUAAACUUAUGUUUAACAUUCUUUCAGAAAGAUAAGUUGGACCUCAUAUGAUCAGCUGGUAAAGCAGUUGGUUCAACUAAAUACCCUAAGACAAAAUCUAAUUCAAGUACAGUGAUUGCUUUUGUAGUAAAUUCUGUGUUAUCGGACGCCUACAUGAUUUACUUUAACUCCUUUACAGAUAAAUCAGUAUUUUUCAGUAGUUAUAUACACAUAUAUUGACCAUUGUUAAGCAUUCACUGAUAUUCUUGAGCGUUUUAAUGUUUGCCUGCAUGUGUUUGUUCACCAACUUCACUCGUCACAUGCCUUUAGCCUGCCUUUUUCUGUCUAAUUAUAAAUAUUGAGCCACGUUUAAUAAAAGUCAUUUGGCUAUUUCUCCUGCAUUAUCAAGUGUUUGAAGUAUACGGUUUCGUAUUCGACUUUGCAUUAUCUAUGUUGUUAGUGGGAUGGUUUGGAAAAAGAUAUACGAAUUCAAGUAGGUCAGUCAGUCAGCCACAACGUACGAUCAAGCAAAUAUGUGCAUCGGCCCAAGUUGACAUACCUCAUUAGCACGACAAGAUGAACACCGGAUCUAUAGAAGUAGUUAAUUCAGUGGUAGUAAUAUAUAAAAGAUUGCAUAUAAGGACAUAGUACGGGAAUAAAAAUUAAAGUCCGACAUAUAUUUUAUUCAGAUCAGCGUCGUUUGGUCGUCCUGUAGUCAAAGACGGGUACAAAAAUCCGUUUUAUUUCUGGUUAGACAAGCUGAAAAUUUUAACUAGAGGCACAAUGUUACCAUCAGCCUAAAGACUUAAUAAGACCAACAUCAGGACAAAUGACAUGAAGGAGUUAAGUGGACAAUAAAUGGCUAUUGGUUAAUGAAGUGUUCACAGACCGAAACUAAAUAAAGAGUGGCCAAGCAUGUCAUUGCUGUUUAUUUCGAUCCACUCCACCUGUCAUCUACCAUGUAUUUCCGCCUUCUGACAGGUUUCGGUAGAACGAAAUAUUCCAAAACAGCAGACCGAUAUUGUGUCGGUGUUACGUGUUAACCUAAUUUCACCCUACUAUAAUUCCGAGCAGAGAUAGUUGUUUAAUCAGUUUCGGAAUAUUUGCUCAAAAUUUUCCUGAUAAAAACUGACAUCUUAGUCUGCUUUUGGUUUCAGCUACGAAGAUUUUACAUAUCAUUAUGGUGGAUACUGUUGUUAAACGUUGUUUAUUGGUGUUGUUUAAUAACUGCCAUAUCUUAUGGAAAUUUCGCACCAGACCCGUCAUCCAAUAAGGUAGGUUAUUUGUUUCAAUGUCAUUCUUUUUUCCGCAUACAUGGACCUGCUUAGUGGUUAUGCUGCUACAUCGUAGCUGUGAUUGUAGAGUUAGAUUAUCACAAAGCCUUAGCUAUUAUGAUAUUGUUUACUGUCCAAUAGACUUCUUAGUUCACAGUGAUCGGCUAUAAAACUUCGAUUGGUAGUUUUGGAUAUUUUGUAAUAUUAAUAUCUCAAUCGUAUCAGGUAAAGAAAUGUACCUCGACACAAUAAUUCUAUUCAUAACACGAGAUAUAUUAAUACUAAUUAGUGGCCUACUUUAGUAGAAUUAUACAAGAACUUGAGUAGUCACGAGUUAUUUAAAAAUGUAUAUAAGAUAUAUGCAUAUCAAUAUUAUCGUUUUUUUGUAUUACACUACUCCACACAAUAUAGACCUGUUUCAUUUUGUACCUUAUCUUAGAUGAAGAGUUUUUCUAUGAUGUAUGAUUGAGACGUUCGAAACUUGUGGUUAGUGUUUCAUUAUCGUAAGUCUUCAUCGUCUACCCAUUUCAUAAAACUGUAGAAAGCCUAUAUCAACUAAUUCAAGACUCAAGUGAUAUUUUCUGAAUUAUUGGGUUGAAAAAAUGCUUUAUCGUAUCUAAUCUUUUUGAUGCGAUAGCUAACUAUUGAAGUGUAUAUUAUUAGUAAUGAUUUAUCAUGAAAGUAUAACAUUUGAAAAGCAGUUUUUCAUGACCAAAUGAUAUCCAUCGAGUAACAACUAGAAAUCUUUGGCCAGUUGCUACCUUGACGUGGUGGUCGGGCUUGCCUAUCGUGAUGAAGCAACUGAGCUAUACUGGCUGGAACAACCGUUCCUCAAGGUCCUACCAUGCCAGACAGGUUGGUUGAAGAGCGGUAAGACUAAAAGCAACAAAACCAAGGUCCGAAGGCGAAGUCGUACUGCUGACUGUACAGAGGUGUGACAGCAGUAAGGUGUUUCCUUCAGACAACCAGCAUGACAGCGAUGCUGCCUUCCCACAAGGAGGGGUGGGGUUAGAAAAGGUCGACCCUAAAAAUGCACACCUCGCCUUAUCCCACGGAUAUCCGUCUCCGGCGAUAAGGACUCGACAAGUACGGAGCUAACACAAAAAUCACUCAUAAAAAGGUCGUGUGUGACCGACCUCAAGCAGCUGUCCCUUGGGCACUGCGGUCACGCUCUCAGGUCACUAUGACCACCUCUAAUCCAAUUUCCUUUUCAGGUACCUCCAGCAGAACCCUUCCACGGUGUGGGCAACCGGGAAGUGAUAACCGCCCUCAUACCUCUAACAGCACUCAAGACCACUGUAUUCAUGGCCAGUAAAUAAUUAUUUUAUUCUGAACAAGAUCUUUGACUAAAUUUAGGGUUGCUAGAUCACUCACUAACCAUAUUACGAUUAAUACAGACGGUCAGAAUUUAGUGGUUAAGAUUGAUCAACUAAAAACAUGUCGAUUAUUUAACUAGACUUACUAAGUAUAGCUUCAUGUAUUUUACUUCGUGCUACAUUUAUUGCGCAAAAGAUAGGCAUACUAUCAGAACUGUCAAAUAAAAAUAAUUGCAGUUAUAUUUGAAUCCAUGUUACAAUAAUCAGAGACUGGGUGCCCUAAUCAUCCAGUCUCUGUUACUCAAAAGCCAUACAUUCCAGUAGUUCUUCCGCUUAUGUCAAUUCACGAUUUCUAAGGAAAUAACUUUUAGUUAACCAAACCUCUGAAAUUAAUAACUUCGAAAAUUCUUCCUCUUCCAUUCAAUUUUUAGAUUUCCAACUCACAUACCGUAACAAGAGUUUUUACAGCUGUAAAUUCUGGCCUUUCUUUAAUUCCUUGUUUCACAGGCUUAAUAUUGUACAGUCGUCCCGUUCUUCGUAGACAUCAAAAUAUUUUGUGUUGUUAUUCACUGAUUCAACGAUUUAGUUACUCUUCAUCUUAUAGACGCCUUUUCGAGGGCCAAAACCGAAAUGAUAGCACUAGUUCUAUUAGCGAAUGAUCCAUUUUAUCACGUUAUGUUUUAUAAUCUCGUUUUAAAUAGAUCAGGCGCGAUAUUUUGUACUUUCAUCAACACUUUUGUCGAAAUUAAUCAUUUAUAUUCUAUCUUUUAUGUACAUGACUAUAAAAAAUUAAUUAUGAUUUCUAAUGAGAUCUCAAGUUGUUCAUUUAUAUGUGUUACUUUUACCGACCAUAUUCUGAACAAGAAGAUACAUUAUAUAUGCCAAACAUGUUCGAAAUUAGAGGUGCAGAACUAUAGUGUCGCAAUUAUUUUCUAACAUACUCUUGUCUUUUUACAAUCUAUGUACUUUUCUAGGAAACUGACCUAAUUAUCUCACGGUUUCGUUUUUUAUAACUCAAUAUUUGCUCAAUUUUCUUGUUCGUUUUUUAAUUGUUCGUAAUUUGUGUUUUCCGCGAUCAACAGUUAGAUAAAUAUAUCAUUUAUUGAAAGCAUU